CAACUGGCGCGGCUGGACGAGGUAUUCACGAUGAUAGAAUCUAAACCUGAAUGUCAAACAGUGACCCGUUAAAGUGACAACAACAGAAGUUGUUCGACGCUCAGUUUCACUGUGCUUUCUUCUGAAUGAAUAAAACGCAAGAGGCGACAGGUUUAGCCGUCAGCCAGUUUAUUGAUGCAAAUAUUUUGAUUAAAUAACAGCUUGAAACCUCUUCCAACAAUCGUGUCGUCCGUUUGCACCGCUAUCACAACCGGACCGGCAAUUGUGUAGGAAACGGGUGCAUUCACUGUGAAAUCCGCCACGAUGCUGCCGUCGUUUAAGCGCUCGCCGCACAAACGUAAAUAGUUGAUUGCAAUGAAAUCGUUUGGGCAGCUCAAUAUUUCCACACCUGCCUGAUUUGCGGGAACCAAGCUGCUUCCGUCUGUACGGAUAGACGGACUCAUCGCAUGACCGCAAACGAGUGCUUGUUGAAUAACGUUAGUUACCAAAAGGUUGGUUAGUGCAAUAAGCGAUGCAAUACUUAGUGGUUUUCUAGAGACUAAAGGUGCAACUGAGCCGAUGUCCACUCCCGUGGCCCGAGGACCCGAGCUGUGGUUCUGUUAGCGAACCAGUGCGAUCCUCGCGUCACCGGACCGGCACCAGUACGUCUGGUGCUGCCUCUGGAAGGAAAAUUGUACGUGCAAGGAGUUUGUGAUGGGGUCUGAACAUUCGGCAUUACGGCAUCAACAGCAGCAGCAACCGCCGGCAUCGUCGCAAGGCGGUACACUGGAUGGUGGUGCCCUGCGCACCGGAAGUCUCCACCGGCACCCACCGAACCCGGGCCAGUUGUCUACGGCAUGCCGGUCUGGGUCGAUGGCUAGCGCGGCAGCGGGCGGUGGGAAGCUGCAGCGUGGCAACACGAUUGCCGAAAGCGGAGUCGCCUUCGGUGUGCCACACGAAACUGACAGCUACGGCCUGCCGUCCGCGGUGCCCUCUUCCGCGUACAUCUGUGAUUCACGCCCCGUUUCACCGCCGAUGAGCGUGUGUUCCGACUCGGAUCUGCCCUACAUAUCGUACACGGACAAACCGAUCGGCGAUUCGCCCAAGCUACGCAACAAGCAGCAGGGAAAGCAGGUAAAGACGCCGCGGCCAAACAGUGCCAUCGUGAUGAACCGGUCCGGCGCGGCCCAAUCGUCCCAACCGGAGCACACCGACGUGGGGGAGCGCGGUAGGGUCCGGCCCGCCACCAGCGGGACCCACAGCAUCGUCGUCGUGAAGUCGGCCACCGUGCGCGAUGUCAGCAUCGAAAAGGACGACGAUAUCGUACGGCUGCAGAGUGUACCGAUGUUUCUACCGGUCAUGCGUGGCACCCUGACGCUGCCGGCCAACCGUGAUCCGGAGGUGCUGGAGCGCCUGCAGCCGGCCCAUCUCAUCAACAUGUGCAGCCGGCUGCAAUCGCACUUCAACACGUGUGCCCUGCAGGUGUCGUCCAAGCAGCAGCAGAUCACCAACAAGAUCAAAGAGGUCGAUCAGGAGGUCUCGAGCGCGCUGGCACAGCUGGUACAAAAGCAGAAGCUGUACACGUCGUACGCGGAAACGUUCUCGAAGGUGCGCCAGGUGUCGCAGCAGUUGACCCGGUGUAACGACAUCCUGAACCAGAACAUCGAGAACAUGGAGUAUCUGAACAACCUGCUCGCCGUCGACGAGCGCCUGGAGCCGUUCAUGUGGAAGACUGAGUGAAGCGAAGGACACCACCCCUGUCAGCAGGAUCGACGGUGUCAUCACCGUCGCCGGACCAUAGCUAGCGAAACAGAGGACGGGAUUAUCCUGUGCAUGCGUGGGUAGGGUAGGGUUCGUCCUUUAAUGUUAAUGCUCGUGGCGUGCUCUCAUCAGCGCAGUUACAACAGUGUACAGCUCUCGUGCCUGUGGGAGGAUCGGCCGCAUCACGUCUUACUCUAGAACCCCCUACGUGAUAAUAAAGACGCGCCCCUGCUAC